AUGCGCUCUCCAAUAAUAUCACUCCUACUCCUACUCCUGCUUGCAGUUGCAAAUGCAAUCCCAGCUGUAGAUAUCACCCAGGACGAGACUGACUCCGUCUCCACAACACCACUGCUUAACAGCACCCCCGCCACUGAAGACACCAUCCCCCACUACCUCAUCAAGCGCAAAGGCGGCGGAGGAGGUGGUGGUGGAGGUGGAGGCGGAGGCGGUGGAGGUGGUGGUGGCGGUGGAGGAAGCGGCGGCCGAGGCGGCGGUAGUAGUAGUGGUGGUAGUAGUCGCAGCGGCGGCAGCAGUGGCGGCACUGGCGCCGGCGGAUCGCGCAGCACCUCCGGCGGCCGCACAACCACCGGCUCCGGCACCCCCCGCGCCGUCGGCGCCUUCUACGGCGGCGGUACCGUCGUCCCCUACACCAGUGGGCACGCCUCCCCCAGUGGCCUGCUCCCCACCUUCCUCACGCUGUCUGCCAUCUCGCUGCUCUUCAGUGGCGCCUGGCUGCACAGCGGCGGGUACGACUACCGCUACAAUAACCCCGUGCAGUACGAGAACACCACGAGCGGCGGCGCUAAUGUGACGCUGCCCGUGGUGUGCCUGUGCCAGGAGUACGCGGUGUGCGGGUGCGACGAGAACCAUGAGAGGGCGUAUGUGCAGGCGAUGGUGGGGAAUGCGUCGGAUGGGAGUGCGGUGAGUCGCGUGGUGGUGGUGAAUGGUACGAGGACGUUGGUGCUGAAUGGGACGUUGGAGAAUGGGACGACGGCGGAUGGGGGGACGGAGAUGGUGUCUGGGGGGGUGGCGGCGAGGAGGGUGGGGGUGGUGAUGUUGGUGAUGGUGGUGGGGUUGGGGGUUGUGGUGUUGUAG